AUGGCCAGUGUGGAGCCCAGAGGGGAGCCGCAGGGCCUGGAGCAGGACUGGCACCAGAGUGACAUGAGCUGCCUAUUUGUGACAAAUGCAUCAUCUCUGAGCUUGGACACAGUGACUCCACUCAGGAAAGCAACAACCCCCCACUGGCAAUCGCACAUCCUCACUCGCAAGGAUGCUCCCAGCACACUCCUGCACGCUGAGACAGUCUUGGAGUUUUGGGGGCUGGUGGGCUGGUCCCAACAUCCUCCUCCUGCUCCCAGGAUUUUUGUCAACCGCAGCCUGGCACUGGGGAAGAUUCGCUGCUUUGGCUUCGACAUGGACUACACUCUGGCUGCCUACAAGUCCCCGGCCUAUGAGGCACUGGCCUUCGAGCUGCUGCUGGAGCGCCUUGUGUGUGUUGGGUACCCACACGAGAUCCUGCGCUAUACCUAUGACCCCACCUUCCCUACCAGGGGGCUGGUAUUUGAUGUACUCUAUGGGAACCUGCUGAAGGUGGACACCCAUGGGAACGUGCUGCUGGGGGCCCACGGCUUCACCUUCCUCUCGGAGGCAGAGAUCUGGAGUUUCUACCCCAGCAAGUUCAUUCAGAGGGACAAUCUGCAGCGGUUCCACAUCCUCAACACGCUCUUCAACCUGCCUGAAACCUACCUCUACGCCUGCCUGGUGGACUUCUUCUCCGGCUGCUCCCGUUACACCAAUUGUGACACCGGCUAUCAACAUGGGAACCUUUUCAUGUCCUUCCGAAGCCUCUUCCAGGAUGUGACUGACGCCAUGGAUAACAUCCACCAUUCAGGCUGUCUCAAGGAGAAGACCCUGGAGGACUUGGAGAAAUACGUGGAGAAGGAUGCACGAAUCCCCAUCCUGCUGGGCAAGAUGAAGGAGGUUGGGAAAGUGUUUCUGGCCACCAACAGCAGCUACAACUACACUGACGCCAUCAUGACCUACUUGUUUGGCGUUGGUGAGGCCGAGGCCUCAGCCAGGCCCUGGAGGUCCUACUUCGACCUGAUUGUGGUGGACACGCACAAACCCUGCUUCUUUGCGGAGGGAACGGUGCUGAGACAGGUCAACACGGACUCGGGCAAGCUCCGCGUGGGCACCUACACAGGGCCCCACCAACACUGUGCUGUCUACUCUGGAGGAUCAUCAGAUGUGGUGUGUGAGCUGCUCGGGGUGCGGGGGAAGGACAUCCUGUACAUUGGGGACCACAUCUUUGGGGACAUCCUCAAGUCCAAGAAGCAGCAGGGCUGGCGGACUUGCCUGGUGGUUCCUGAGCUGUCCCGGGAGGUGGACAUCUGGGCCCAAGAGAAGGAGCGGAUGGAGUUGCUGAAAAGGCUGGACAUGCACCUGGCAGACUUAUACCAGCACAUGGAUGGGAGCAGUCGUGGGCUGCAAGUUAUCAACUCCACCAAGAGGGAGAUUUGGAUGCCUCAUGAGUCAGUUGUGGAGCAAGAACGGGCCAAUCUGGAUUGUGCCUCCCACCUCCUCUCCUACAGCCGGAAGGUGAGUUGCUGGGUGGUGUCAGGUCGAUUUUCUCUACAGCAGAGCUGGGAGGAGCCACCUGGCUGUGGGCGAGGAGCUCAGUGACUUGUGGCCACCAUAGUGUAAUCAUUCCUGGGUAUUUAAAAAUUUUUAAAUUAUAGAGACAAUAAUUAUCUAUGAAUUUCAGUUCAGGAUAGAAAAGGGGAACUUAAAAUAUUUGUUUUUAAAACAGUGCAUUGGGUCUGAUAGGGCCGAGAACCACUGCCUCUCAGCCCAGACUCACAGGUUCUGCUGAGCAGGGGUUAGCUGUCACGUUUCUUGCACUUCUCCAGACCACUUUUGGCUGAUUCAUCUGACAAACCCAUUCCCAUUCAGGGAGAGGUUGCAAAGCACACGCUCUCCCAAGCCAGGCUUCCUCUCCAGACAGCCUUUAUAAAGACCAUGAGUAGGGGCUCCUGCUUCGAGCCCUCUGUCACCUUGUGCUGCCUGACCUGUUUGGAAUGAGACUCCAGCUUUCAUGAGUGGCAGACUGAGCUUCUAGCCUAGUUUGGCAUCUCCGAACCUGCAUGAGGGUUCCUGUUUCUACCCUGGUAUUUCUGGGGCUCAAUUUUUAAAAUGUCCAUCUCUUAGGUUCCCUUUAGCUGGGUUGUUCCAGGCUCAGUGCAUUCUUUCAUCCAUGUUUACUGAGCACCUCCUGCAUGCUCGACAAUAUAGAAAGCAAAUCAUAAGCCAAUGUACCCCUGCCAAGGAGCUCAAAAUUCAAGUACAUUAAUAAUCUUUCAUCGGAGGUUUGCAACUGUUUUUCCAUCCCAGCCCACCAGAGGGCUGCACACAUUCUCAUCAGUAAAUGAGGGCUCUCCGGGGAUGUGCGUGGUUUGACCUCUUUAGCCCUCAUCUCCAUCCCAGUCCAGACUAGGGCAUUUUGACACAUUUUCUACCCCUGGUCGGGAGUCACUGUAUGAGCUUGGGAAGAAGGGCUCCAUAAUCAGUUUUGUUUCUUAUUAGGCUGAGGGCAGAGAGAGAGACGAGGACCAGGAGGGAUGCAACAAGGCUGACUGAGUCCCUGACUGAGCCCCAGACACGGGCUGGCAUCACGGGUCAUACUCUAUUUGAGACAUUUUUCAGAUAACAGGAAAAGUAUGGAAGAGAGAAAAAGCCACCAUAUUGAAAUCUGAAUUAACAGAUUUGGAGCCUGAGAACACUUCUUUUAGGGAGGAUGAAAGAGUACUGCUCUCAUCCUAGAAGGCAUCCCCCAUGGCCUUUGAGCCAUUCGGAAAUGUGUGUAACAAGUGGAAUUAUUUUAUCCAGUUGCCCUGAGCUGCAUUAUGUUUUAUGUCCAAUUUUAUUUCUGUACAUUUUUCAAAAAUAGUAUUUCUGUGCACUCUUGAUUCUGUUACUAGUAAUACCUAAUUGGCUAUAGAUGACCUCAUUAACUUCUUUCAUUCCAGGUCACUAAGAAAGACAGUAAAUGAGAUAGCCCAAACGUCUUUGAACUUGAUGUAUACAUGCAUUAAAACAUAUAAAAAGUCAUACUCAUGAUUCAGAAACUCGAUUCUUUGUUUUGGUAGGAGCUGCUCUGUGGUCUUAAGCCCUGGCCCUUCAUUGUUCUGAUGUCACCGACUUGAAUUCACUCCUAUAGUUCACUUUUUGUCUGUUAGUGGUAUCAUCUGGCAUUAUAUGGAGGCUUAGAAUGACUGUAUCUACAUGUUUGAAAUGAAAAAAAAAACUCUUGGAGGAAUAGUUUUUUUUCCCCCCCC